AUGAAUAGCAACGCCAAAAUACCAGUCGAAGUCAAUCCGGACGAGGACACUGAAUGGAAUGACAUUCUUCGUGACCAUGGGGUAAUUCCGGAAAAGCCACCUUCGCCAACAGCCCAAUUGGAAGAGGCAUUAGAAGAGGCAGUUAAAAAACAGCACGAAAAUAGGUUAGAAAACAAGGAUUUAGAUGAACUAGAUGCACUUGAAGACGAAGAAGACGAAGAGUUUCUCAAUUUUUACAAACAAAAGAGAAUGAAUGAGAUAAAAAAGUUGUCUGAGCAGAAAAAGUAUGGACUGGUUUUGCCAAUCAGCAAGAAUGAAUAUGAGAAUGAAAUCACCAAAGCUCCAAAGGGAACCACAGUGUUGGUUCAUUUGUCCCUUCAAGCAAGCUUGCAAAGUAGACUAUUGGGGUCGUUACUAUCGCAAUUGGCAAGAAAGUUUCCAGAGUUGAAAGUUUGUGAUAUACCAGCGCAGAGGUGUAUUGAAAAUUACCCCGAGUCUAAUUGUCCUACCCUUAUAAUAUACAAAGAUGGCAAUGUGUUGAAGCAGUAUGUGACGUUGACCCAAUUGGGAGGCAACUCUACAACUUUGAGAGACUUGGAGAGAAUCUUGCUCAAUCUUCAUGUUUUGGACGACAAUGACAAGAGGCUUGUUAUAAAUGACGAGGACGAGGAGUUGCAACAGGAAAAGAAACUCCGCUUUGCAAAGAAAUCUAUCAGAGAUGAUGGCGACGACGACAACGACGACGAUGACUUUUACGAUUGA